AUGCGUGCUCUUGUACUAGUAUUUGUUAUAAGUGCACUGACGCUGACAUGUUCAGCGAAGCAGUUCCCAGCGGGCUUCAAGUUCGGAGCGGCCACUGCGGCCUACCAGGUUGAGGGCGCUUGGAACGUGAGCGAUAAAACCCCAAGCAUAUGGGACAUAUACACGCACGAUAAGCCACAUAAAAUUCUGGAUGGUUCCAACGGAGACAUCGCCUGCGACUCCUACCACCUCUGGGAGACAGACAUACAGCUGGCUAAAGAUUUGGGACUGCAUUUUUAUAGAUUUUCCUUAUCAUGGACGCGUCUUCUGCCCAAUGGUUUUGCCAAUAAAAUAAGUGAAGAUGGUGUCCGAUACUACAACAAUCUGAUCGACGGUUUGUUAGCGAACGGCAUCGAACCCAUGGUCACGCUCUUCCACUGGGACUUACCACAGAACCUGCAGGAUCUAGGUGGCAUGACCAACCCUCUCGUAGCGGAAUGGUUUGGCGACUACUCCCGUGUGGCCUAUACCCUAUUUGGUGAUAGAGUCCAAACCUGGUCUACCUUCAACGAACCUGUAAUUAUUUGCGAUGCGGCUUAUGAGACUGGUGACCUGGCUCCAGGAAUAGUUAGCCCAGGGAUAGGCAAUUAUAUAUGCGCUAAAAACCUUAUGGUUGCCCAUGCGACGGCGUAUAGGAUUUACGAUGAGGAAUUCAGGGCGAAGUUUAAUGGUAAAGUGGGUAUAGUAAACAAUCACGUGUGGUACGCCCCAUAUUCUUCUGAACACGAAGACCUCACAUUCCUCGCAAGACAACUUGGCUUCUUAUACUCUCACCCCAUAUACUCUGAAUCGGGUGGGUGGCCGCCCAGCAUUGAGUCUUUCAUCGCAGAGAAGAGUGAGAAGGAAGGAUACGUUACAUCUCGACUGCCUGGCUUCACUUCUGAAGAAAUCGAAUUUAUUAAAGGUACCGCAGACUACUACGGCAUAAACUACUACACAUCUCGCCUAGUGCUUGCCGCUCGUGCGAACAGCACCCUCACAUGGCCGACCAACGGGCAAGUUGACUUACAAGUGGAACUUGUGCCAGAUGCGAGCUGGACAGCCGGUGUGGAGUGGUUGGUGAGCAAUCCCCCCGGUCUCCGCGCGCAGUUAAACCUGAUCAAGGAGCAGUUCGGAGACUGGGAGAUCAUCAUCACGGAGAACGGCUUCUCCACCGCCAGCGACGAGCUGGAUGACGUCACACGCACACAAUACUACAAGGACCAUUUGGAACAGGUGCUGCUAGCGAUCACAGAGGAUGAUGUGAACGUGACCGGCUACACCGCGUGGUCACUCAUUGACAACUUUGAAUGGAAUAGCGGUUAUACGUCUAGAUUCGGCAUAGUACGCGUGGACUUCUCGGACCCGCUUCGCUCGCGCACGCCGCGCGCUUCCGCUCACUACUACGCUGAUGUUAUCAAACAUCACUCACUUUAAACUUUAAAACAUACGUAUAAUAUUAUGGAAAA